UGAUAUCACAAUAACUGUCUCGCGUUGCAACAUUAAUUUCAAUAUUACGACAAAAAAAGUGCGACAGUCAUCAACAGUUGCUACAUUUAAAGUUCAUAAAGAAUUCCUCAACUGUGUCCACCUGUCUACUCUUGUGAUAUCACAAAAAUAUUCUCGCAUUGCAACAGUAAUUUGAAUAUUACGAUAAAGCAUAAAAUUGAACUCAUCGACAGUUGCAACAGAAGUUUAUAAACAAAUCCUGAACUGCACCAAACUAGCACAUUGAUUACUAAGUUGACUGUCUCGCAUUCUAAGAGUAAUUUAAACUCCAUAUCACAAUUCUUAGGUUGAUAUCACAAAAAAACUCGCACCUCAACAGUUAAUAAGUUGAUAUCACAAUGGGUAAGCCAAAGCGCGACCCGCCAACGCCAACGUUCCCGUACAAGAUCUCGAAACGGCUGAAUAUGAUGAGCGUCCCUCGGCCCUGGUUCACGGUGACGGACGAGGGAAUGCCAUCGUAUACGCCGCGUGGAAUCAGGGCUUCGGCGCUCCGCGCAAGGAUCACGGAGCGAAUUAAUGAUGCUGCGUGGCCGUAUAUACGCCGUCUCAUCCUAACCAAACGUAUGUACAAACACAUGUUCUCUGCCGAGCGUCUCGAGCGGAUCGACCGUAUGAUCGAAAUGUCGAAUGGUACCCCCUACUCCAAGCUCGCCGGCUGCGUCUUAGACUUAAAGACUAAGGAAAAGAAGGACCCGAAGAAGAAGAAGGGAUGGAGCGAGACAGAAUGGAAGAAGCAUAUGGAUUAUAUAUCGCAGAUCGCGAAUCCGAGGAGGGACUUUACUGUGGAGGUUCCGAGGCGUGGAGAGAGACGCAAGCUAGAACUACUGAUGCCUCGCAUCAACGUCAUCGCGCUAAGGCCUGAAUUCAAAGUGUACCGCAGACCCUCGCAGGAGUCCAACUACAGGGACCCCACCAAGGUACCGCCGAAUGCCCUCAAAUACGUCAUCUCAGACAGAGUAAAGAAACUGGCCAAGCCCAGAGAGAUACCACACGGCGACUAACCAAUGUGCGAGCAGGAUAGCAAAUACAGAAUGUCUAUGAGAGUGAAGAAGUAAACUUCGGUCGCAAAUGUGAAGUAACUUUAUAGUGACGUAUAUGCCUUUGGCUGCUCUAAUAGUGUGGGCCUACCGCUAACAUCGAAAUUUAAGUUUCGGGCAUCUUUCGAGUAAAAGAGAAAGAUGCUUAGUAUGCAAACUUUGCUGUUCGCGGUAGGCCCCAUCUUGUAUAAAACCAUUGCUACUUUAAGCCAUGGGAAAACGGUCGAAGAUUCUAUAGCAAUUUUUUUACUAUUUUAUUCAGCCAAAUUUUGCAUAGUGACUUUUGAGGUCAUAAUGAGUAACUUUUAUUAUGGGCCCAAUGCUGUAAUCGCAAAAAAAAAAAUUGGCUGUUCCAUACAUU